AAAAUUCCAAAAGAAUAUAAAACAACGCUUGAAUACAUUAUGUAUAUUUUUUUAAGUGUUUUUGUAGCAAAGAAAAUAUAAUUAAAGCGAAAAAGUUAUUAUUUCAUUUUUAUUUUAAUUUAUUUAUUUUUAUUUAAGUGCACGUGAUUAUUUGCAGACACAAUUUUUACACGCUUAAGCAUAUAUAGGCAUCAAACAUAUAAACAAAGUACUCAUCAACAUCAUCAUUAGCUAUUUAACUAUUAAAUACAACAAAAAAUGGAACAUUUUCAACAGCAAAAUGGGUUUUUAAUGCCUCAUCAAGCAUAUAUACAGACAUAUAAAGGUCAUGCGUGUGACAUAGAUACAUAAAUCAUAUGUAUAUAUAUAGCACAUUCAUCACUUGCCCGUUACAUAAUCAUCAACAGUACAAACGUUCAUACAUAAUUGGUACAUUUUUAAGCGUCAAAUCAAGCGACAUACAUACAUACAGUUAUGGACAUGUAUCCCAUACUCGGCAGUCUCCUGGGCGUUGAUACGAGCGUGACCGCGUCUGGCGCCUCGUUGCCCGGCACCUCCGCCUCCCUCACAACACGCCGGCAGGAGCCGCCAGCGACUAAUUUAUACGGUUAUUUGAAUAAUAAUAGCAGAGGUGUGGCGUCGCAGCUGCAGCGUGAGAACUUCAUGCAGUGCAAGCAUUGCAACCGUUAUUAUAAGUCGCAUCAGAAGCUGCAGGAGCAUGUGCGCAAAUAUUGUCUGAAAAAGAAAAAGUACAAGUGCAUUUCGUGUGAGUAUCGAUCGCGCCGCAAAGAUCAUGUGUUGCGUCAUGCGAAGCGUAAGCAUUGUGAGCUGUAUGAGGCGUCACGUGACAACGAAGAGAGUCUUUAUGAGAUACGCACCGAAGAGGAAGGUGACGAUCCAGCCCGCUAUGAGGAGCAUACGUUGGACUAUGAUGGUGUCUAUGGUGAGGGCGACGGUGAGGUUGAGGGCAUGCCGGUUAACGCCUUACUCGAUGUGGAAUAUUUUGGCUUCGGCCUGGGCAGCAGAGACCUGACCAUUACCGCUGUGCCCAUUUUGCAGGAAAGUGAUGACGAUGACGACGAUAACUAUGAUGAUGAAGAUGAUUGAGCGUAUAAGUGACGUUAAGAAGCAGGGAAUAUUAGUCAAAUACAUAAUUUUUUUAAAUAUGUAGUGCAGUUUUAGGCGCUUACACUUAUUUUGACGUGAUUGUGAAUUUGCAGUCUUUUAAGCUCUUGUUAUUAAUCUUAUUAGUGUGCCACAAGUUCGUAAGUGCAAGUAAUUCACGCGCAUACCAAGUAAGUACAGUGAAAACUCGAUAUAAUGAAUACUUCGAAAUAAAACUAACAAUUUAACAAAAAAUGCAACAAUACAUCGUCGCCAUGGUUUCUACCCUUGUGAUCAU